AUGUCGUGGCAACCGAAGUUACGCCCCAAGGGCUUCCCACAUAGCAUUGACGAUUAUGCCGUCGCAUCAUUAUCGGAGUUGGAACACCGCUCACGAACGGGUGAUGAGAAGCGGGAUCAACGCGUUUUUCGUGUCAAGCGCAAGCAUGUUCUGAAAGCGUGUGAUCGGUGUCGUGUCAAGAAGACAAAGUGUGAUGGGAAACAGCCUUGCAACCGCUGCUCAGUAUACAAUCAUCCAUGUCUAUUCCGAGAGCGAAAAGCUACUCAGACCAAGGUUUACUCUCGCGGAUUUGUCGAGAUGCUCGAAUCCCACCACUCAUUGGUCGUCAAGGCGCUCCAGAAAUUAUACACAUUCUGCAUCACAAAUGAGGGCUUCCCCGGUGAACCCCUCGAAGAAGCUCCCGACGGCCACCCGUUGACCCACGCCAUCCUCGACCGACUAGGCCUCAUUAAACAAGCGGAAGAAAACGCCGAUGAACCAGACGAGGAUUCCGAGGACCUUCGCUACCUCCGCAUGCUUUCCACGUCGACAGAAUGUAGCGCCACAGCAGAACCCUCCCCAGAACCGACCACCCCCCCCGGACCAUCCCCAACAAGAAUGUCCCGCCCCUCCCUCUGCACAAAUUCCACCCCCACCCCUCCAAUGACCCGCACCGCACCCAGCUGGGGCUGGGAUAUGCCGCACAUCCCCCAGAGCGGAGGGUAUCCCAGCUACGCAGACCAAGGGUACCAAAACCUAAUGGGCCUGCCAACACGAUCAUCCGACCUGACCUCCCUAGACCUGGGCCCGAGCGAGAUCGCUCCUCACCACGUUGACAUUGCGACCUCAUCUUCCCUUUCGCAAGGUCGACACGAACCGGGAUUCGCGUACUACCUGGAUGUGGGCAAUGAUACGCAGCCGGAUGUGAAGCCGGCUAGAAUGCAUACGGGGAUUAUGAGACCGCUUCCGCAUCAUAUGGGGUUAUCGGGAGAUAUGAUGAAUAAUUUCCCGUUCCAUGCGCAGGAUUCUCCUUAUUUUCCUGGUUUUACGCCUGGAUGGUCGUUUCCCUCAACAUAG